CCGUCAAGUGCUGAGACUGCUGAGACGCCAGCUGUCAAAAUAUAAACAAAACCCUGAUGAAAUUGAAAUUAACAACCCAAAAGGGGUGAUUUUGAAGGGUUGUUGUGUGUGUUUACAGUUGUUAACUCGAUAACACUUGUUUCUAUUGUGCGUUUACGCUGUUAUUCACACCUCAAGUGCGAUUUAAUCAAUAUUAUCAUGGAUACAAAAGCUUCGACGAACUUUUGGUGGAUGAAAAACCCUUCUGCCGUUAGUCAGGACUCUGAGAAUAACCUUGUGGUGCCUAAAUUGGACCUGAGAUCCCCUAGUUCCAUCGUCGAUUUACUUGAAAAAGACGGUAGUAGCAAUGCAGGAGAAGAUGUAGAUGUAGGCAGCAUAAUAGAUGAAAUAAAUAGGGUAGCUGCCCAGAGCCCUUUGGGGCCCUAUGACAAAAAUCAAGGCGAAAGAAGCAUCGAGGAUUUAAUGAAAGAGGCUGAGCGUAUUUAUAUGGAGAGCUCUAAAAGUUUUGAGCAGUUGAGUCAAAGAAGUAAAACUUCUCAGAAUAUCAGUGAUUUGUUAUCCAGCCUUUCUAAAGAUUCUACACCUACUCCUAAGAGUAUUAGUCCUCUGCCCAUGGACCCUGAUCCACAGCACAGUAAUGACAGUGAUGAUUAUACAGAAGAUUUUUCUGAGGAAUCUAAAAUAGAGUCAAAUCAAUCUUCAAAUGGCAAACAUGAAUCUGAUUAUGUAGAUGACAAAGAUAGUAGUGAAUCAUCAAAUAGUCAUAUUAAGAGCUUGAAAGCCAAUAUACAAGUUAAAGAUUCUUCUAUGAGCAUUUCUAAGUCUAAAUCAGUUUCUUCCAUGAGAGAGAUUUUAAAAAUAAAACCAAAUAUUAUGAUGAUGAAAACCAGUAUGUCUGUUUCUUCUAUAAAACAGUCGCAAGAUUCUGGUAAUGUGAUCCCUGAAAAAGAUGAAGUUGCUUCCAAUAUAUUCUCUGAAAAAGAUUCUUCAUCCACUGAGAUACCUAAUACAAAUAACUAUAAAGUAGUUCCAACAGUUCCUAAAGUUAAGGCAGAUGAUGAGAAAUUGAUAAAGUUAAGUGAAGUGAUUGAGCUGAAAAACAACUUGAUCAAGUCUUUGGAAGAAGAUAAUAGGAGCCUUAAGAUGAAUGUCCAAGAAGUCAGGAUCGAACUACAAAAAACUAACGCACUACUCGAGCAAACCAAAGCAGCACUAAGCACUAGAACCGUAUCUUCCCCAGAAAUAAACCUAGAAUUAGAAAAGGCCUUAGAAGACCUCAAAGACUCUAGAGAGGCGAAAACAGCUUUACAGUUGCAGCUAGAUACCAUAAACAAGACCCAUCAACUACUAAAAAAUUCGUACGAAGAACUAAGUAAUUCUAAUAAACAUCUAGAGAGAAGAGUCGUAGAGUUAGAUACCACUUUGGAUAAGUACAAAGGAGAACUUUUGAACUUACAACAGACUAAAGAUAAAUUGUUGCAGAAUGAAAUGAACUUGAAUAAAUUGUUGGAGAUCGAAAAACUGCAAACUAAAAGUUUGAAGCUUCAGAAUGAAAAAGAUUCGCGAUGCAUCCAAGACCUGAACAGACAAAUCAAAGAAAUGGAAAGGAUUAUCGCAAGGAAGCAUCCAGACUCUGUAUCAGCACUCAUAGUUGCUGCAAAGGAAAAUACUACUGACUCUAGUAUAACCGCCAGGAAGAUUCUCGAAGAUAGGAUCAAAGCCCUAGAGCAAGAACAGUUCAACAGAGAAUCUCAAAAUUCUAAAGUCUUCAUGGAAAUCCAAGAGAAAUUCAACCAAAUGAAAGCGAAGUACGAAAACCACAUCGAAGAUUUGGAGUUGCACGUGAGCGAUUUGAAGAAUCAGUUGAAAAUGAAAAGCGAUACGUACGACGUAUAUACUCAAACUGUGAUAGAAGAGAAGAUACCGCAGAAAGAAACGUUCACCGUCUUUACCCAAACCGAUCCAGUGAGGAAAGUGGUUCCGUCCAAAAAACAAGAAAAUGGUAAAGAAGAAACUCACCUUCUGGCGACUAUCAGGGGCCUGCAAGCUGAUCUGGCGAACAAAGAAAAGUGCAGUGUAUUAAAACCUCCCAGAUCUUCUGUAGUGCUUACAUCAAAACUUGAGAUUUUUUUGGUGAAAAUGGAAGAACCUGUAGCUGGGCCAGUGAACAAGGGCCACCGAAUACCAAAGAAAUGCAUCGUGUCCAAAGCUGAGACUAUAAUGGCGAAACAACCAAACAAUAUGAGCAGUCUUUCACAUAGACACUGCAGUGUCCGGGGAUGUCCCUCUCUACAAGGGAAACGACCAAAGGUUCACUACCAUAAGUUUCCACAAAAGAUCCGUAGUGUAAAGGUGCCCAUCAUGAAUUCUUCUGGAGUUAAAGUACUGAUAGAUAUCAGGAAAGCAUGGGAAUGGUUGCUAUGUUUGGGAACUCGCUAUGGGAGACCUGUCACAAAUGCUACAAGGAUUUGUUCCAUGCAUUUUCGAGAAGAAGAUUACAUAGGUGACCACGUGAAUAUGCAACGAGGGGGGUUAUUGAAGCCAACUGCAGUUCCUCUUUUAUAUUUACCAGAUAGAAAGCUAGGUAGGAAACAAAUGAACGCAAUGUUGGGUAUAAGGAGAGAUUCAGAGGGAGGAAAAACGGAACAGGAACCUUUGCAGAGUGAAAAGGAUAUGCCCAAAACUACUUGUAGAGAUAAUGAUUAUAUUGAGAAGCCAAUCUCAUAUAAUGAUUUGGUAACAGCUGAUAAAGUAGUAGCACUUGACUUACCUGAGAUAGACAAAGAAAGUGAAGCUCCACAAAUGACACUGAGUAAAACACCAGAAGCUAAGGAAAUAGAUGUAGUGAAAUUUUCAAAGAAAAUAGAAAGUUCUGCAGAUUUUCCAGGACCAAUGAGUGAUCUAACAAAUACUGAGAAACUGAUUGAGUCAGCUUUAUGCAAAAUAAAAGCAACUUGUUCAAACACCCUACUAAAAUCACCUAGUAAUUCUGACAGUAAAGAUGAGGCAGAUGGUACAACAUUGCUAAAUGAAAUAUUACAUAUUCCACCAAAAAUACUUGACAUUUCCAAGGAUGAUAUACAGCAAAGCAUGAAACAUACUGUUCCUAAAGGUGCAUUGGACUAUAUGGUUUAUUGUUGUGUCUCUGGCUGUGAAUCCACAAAAGUGGAAAAUCCAGACCUUUACUUCCAUACAUUUCCAAAGAAAAAUUCUGGUGUGUCAGUGAAAACUGUCAAUCAUCUUGGUCAGAUGGGGAAAAUGGAUCAAAGAAAAGCUUGGGAAAAAGUGCUGCUUUUGGGAAAGUUUGCCACAUAUGAUAUGACAGUUUGUUCAAAACAUUUUAGGGAUGAAGACUAUAUUGCUGAUGGUCAAUCUAGGUGGCCAAAAUUGAAUCAGUCUGCAGUGCCAUCUCAAAAUCUUCCAAAAGGGAAUGUAACAAAACAGUCCCAACAAAUCUCUGAUGAAGAAACAAUUUUGAAGGGGCAGACUAAACAGGGCCUUGGUAAAAUAUUGGUAUGCAAAACUUUUGAAGAUGAAACAGUAUUAUAUGAGGGUUUAGUAGAUGGGGAAGAGAUGGUUGAAAAACCUGGAAAUAUGACAGAAGAUAAUUUUACAAACAUGACAGAGGAAAACUCCAUGAAUAUGACAGUUUAUGAACAACUGUCUUCUGAUCUCCAUGAGGAUAUAGUUGUGAAAACUGAGGAGCAAAGCUCAAGUGACAUGGAGUGUGAAAUUGUACCUGAAAGUGACAAUAAAAUGGAAAAUGAGGCAUCAUUUUCAAAUAAUUCAGUAAAUGAAGAAGUACUCGUAGUAUCAAAUUCCAUAUCCACAGAUAAACCAAAAAAUAAACGUGUGGUUACUAGACUGCAAAAAGAAGUGGAUGAUCUGAAGAAAACCAAUAGGCGUCUUCAGAAAGAACGAGAAGGCAGUUUGAAAAACCUGAGUGAAAGGAGAGAUUUUCGUAGCUAUCCAGAAAAGCUGGCUCUUCAAGCCAGAUCUAACAGUGGCAGCUCUGAGAAGGAUUUUAGGAAAGAAGAGGAGCUACAACAGGUCAAGAGCCAGAGGGAUAGGCUGCAACAACAGCUGAAAAGAAUGGAGGAUGAUUAUCAGUCUUUAAAGGAUAAAAGAAUACUAGAUCUAACUGCUUUACAAGAUGCCCAUGAGCGAGAAACGUCAAAUUAUGUUGCUAGUGUAACUCCUUUAAGAGAACAACUAGUGCUCCAUCAGGUUUCGAUUACAACUCUACAGCAGCAGUUAACGACUGCGAAAGAAGAACUAGCUGUGGUUAAGGCAGAACGGGAUCACCUCAACACUAGGCUUCUCAGCACUUACCCAGCUACUAAAGAUGGCAGCGACGUGGAAGUCGAGGCUUUGUUGCAAAAGAUAGCUUUCCUGGAAAAACGCUACGAGGAACGAGAAUACCGCCUAAGAGCCAUCGUCCAAAAUCUUGCUCAGAAAAGCAUCACAAACAGGAGCUGUGAACAAUGCGCAGAAAGACAACAACAGCUGAUCAGCUACAAAGUAGAGUUGGAUCAGCUUCUUGCUACUGUCAGAGCGCUACAUUAAGGGUGCAAGCUUUGAUUUAUACCAAAGAUAUCUUUCAGUUGCAUAGUUAAGAUGCAAUUUUUAUGUAUUUUUUAUUUUUAUACUUUUAUUGAUUAUAUUGUUUGUCUUGGAUAUUAUUUUUGAAUCAUUGUCAUUUCUUUUUUGGUACAUCCACCACUUUUAAUUUGAUUGGAUCUUCUAGUCCUCAAGGGAGGUGCCCCAUUAUGAAGUACGCCAAACCUUAUAGUACAACAUUUUGUUUUGAUCUCACUUAUUUUUUAAUGUAUUUUCAUUUUGAAGCACGUAUUUAUAUUGUAUGUCAAACACUGUAAUACAGUUUGUAAGCAUCGUCUCAAAAACUACGAAAAUAAAUCUGGGACAAAUUUUGAUUACCAUGGGCACGACAUUAAAAUUACUUGAUCCGGCCUUAGAAAUUAAAUAAAUUAUACCUAGAUCUAGUCUCUUAUGUGACAAUAUAAAUUAAUUUGUUGAAAUGUUUUUGCAGAUUUCAGGAAGUCGACAUCUAGUCUUAUUGAUAUUUGUUGCACAUAAAUAGAAAAUCUAGCUUAGAAAAUAGUAAUUUGCCGUUUUCCAUUUAUAUAAGGAAAUCAUGUACUUCCAAAUGUUGAUAUUACAUUUCUAGUAUCUUUUGUAAACGAUUUUAGAAACAUUUAGAUGUUGUUUCCAUGUUUAAUAAAUUUGUUAACUGAC